GCCCGAGUUCAAAACGGGGACUGGUGAAAACCGAUGGGCAGGCAGCGGAAAAGUUUGUAAACAAAACGCGCAAAAGCUCCGCGGUGUGUGAAGGUCAUCGUUUGUUGUGAAUCAUGUUUUUUCGUGAAAAGUUUUAAAAUCAAUCAUUUCGCAGUAUUUUAGUACCAGGAUUUUUGACCGCGCACAAAAUCUGGAAUAUACUAUGAUUAGGGCCGAUCUCACAAAUCCGGAGUAGUUCGCAAAUAGGGCGUACAGAUAUCGCUGCGUCUCGGUAACCAAAAGAAUGCAAUGGAAACUUUACCAGUAGAGAUAUUGGAGAAAAUAUUCAAAAACCUCCGCUACAGUGACCUAAAACAAGCAUCUGCCGUUUGCCAUCUGUGGUACGAUGUCUACCAGCGGUCGUCGUUUAUGUCCAAAAUGGUGGUACAUUUCAAAAAAGAACUAACUCUGGAUACGAUCGACCUUUUCCUUCGCAGUGAGUGCCUCUAUCAAAACGUAUGCUUCACGUCCAUUCCGUUCUACGACGUUGCCAAAUCGAAGCGAAGCAUAUGUCGGAAGGACAUGAUCUACGAAGAUAAUCGUUUCGUCGAAAAAAUACGACAGUUUCUAGUUAAAUUGGCGGACUCUGUGCAGAUGCUUUCAUUCUGUAAAUGUCACCUGAAAAGAGGCAGACUGAUUGAGUUUUUGGAAAUCAUUCCUGAACUCAAAGGAUUGGAAUUUGAAGAAUGCAUAUUUGCCGGUGAUGAUUCGAACCAUACACUAUCGUUACCAAAGCUGAAGAAAUUUAAUUUUAAGUAUCCGGAAGAUGAGAUUCAACGUUUCGAGUCUAGGCAUGUCUACAGUAAUCUGGUCAACAACCUGUGCAACCUUACCAAAUUAAAGGUUCAGCUGUACGUGAAUGAAAUGUUUGGUGAUCCGGAUAGUGACCUGUGGGAGCAAGUCAAAGCAGUUACUCGAUUGGUUAAAUUGCACAAGAAAAGUAUGAAGUCGUUUAAGGUGGACAGUUUUAAUGAUCCUGCCCUGAAAAAGAUUGUAUUUGAUGAUGACGAACUUCAACUAGAAAAAGUCGUUUUUGGCGAACUGAAACUAAGAAAAGACGACCAGGUAUUUUACAAUUUCAUAGAGAAGCAAAAGAAAAUCAAAAAACUAGAAAUAUCUAUCGAAUCAAAUAUAGACGCUAAUAAUGAUCAGUAUUUGAAAGCCAUCUGCGAUCAACUACAGCAGUUGGAGCAGUUUUACUAUGACAUGUCUCGCAAUUCCGACAGUGGGUUGGAGAAUUUACAAAAGCUAAAGAAACUGAAAAAUCUAGUGCUGACGAAAAAUAGGAAUGCCAUAGGACUGACGGAGCACUGUUUCGAUCACAUAUACAUGCCUAAUCUAAAGUCUUUGGGCAUAUACUACAAAGAACUUCAGUUACCAGCAGUUCGGCAAAUACCUAUCAGCUUUCCACAUCUCAAGGCCCUUAAUCUGAGCGAAUGUGGGAAGGCUGUAACAGAUGAAACGGUUCAGCUCAUAUUCCAAACGCUUCCGGAACAUGAAAGCCUCGAUCUCAGCAAAUGCAAGCAAGUUACAGAACGGGCUUUCCUGGGCACGACCAAGAUAAGUAACUUGAACAAACUGAAAGAUUUGGUUUUGGAAAAAUGUGAUGGUGUUACGGAUUUGUCCCUGGCAGCUUUCGACAACCCAGCAUUGAAGAGCAUCAGUGUUGCCAUGUGUACAAGAAUCACCAACGUAGGCUGGGAAGCGUUAUGCCGCCAAUGUCCGAAUAUCACCUGGUUGAAUGCUUCGCACUGUAGAAACUUUGACGACCAAUCAGCAAACAUAGUAGCGACCAUGCUUGGCGAGCUGGAAGUUUUGAACCUGUUCAAAAACUGUUCGGUUACGAACGAAGCGGUGUACAGUCUGGUGGAGAAUUGUCGGUAUUUGGAGGAUCUUUGUUUCACAAAGUGCAGAGGUGUAAACAUGAAGAAAUCUGAGUAUUUUGAUGACAAGAUGAACCGAGUCAACAAAGGGUGUUUAAUAAAUAGAAAGAAAACUUCAUCGUAAA